GUUUGUUGACAGAGUAUAUAACAAGCCACCCUCCCCACCUUACCGCCACCUUCUCUCUCUCUCGCUCACGUGCACAAGACAGAACAGUCAACAGCCCAGCAAACAAACAAGCAGGCAAAACCAAAGGCCGACAUCACCUAGGUAGCGUUAGACACAGCAGGAAUCCCUAAAACGGCGGCUCCUACAGGGAAACAAACAAGAAUAUUCUUCAUAACAAACCAACGACACAAAACGCCCCAAUAACGCCCCCAGAAUGGCGGAGCCAUCCAUCACAAACUUCCUCCUCCGCUCCCUCCUGCCCGUCGACGCCGCCGAUUUCAUCCACAAAAACGCGUUGCACCCGUCCUCUCCGCUCCAGAAGCUUCGCGCCCAGGCCCUAUCAGCAGCAUCGCGCGCCAUCGACGAGCUUUACCCCUACCUCGCGCCGGCCGUCGACGCGACCCUCGAGUUCUUGCACUCGUCGCCUGAAUUGGUGAGCUUCGCGGUUCUGCUGGCGCUGCUGGCCGCCACGGUUGUGGUGCUUAACUGGAUUCGGCGCGUCGUGGCAUUUUGGAUGGCACUGGUCCUGAGGCUCGCGUUCUGGGGCUGCGUCGUCGUGGUUGUCGCGGUCGUGUGGCAGAGGGGCGUUUGGGAGACGGCGAGGGACGCCGUCGUGGUCGGAGGCAAGGUCAUCGGGUUCGCCGCGGCAGUCAAGGACGUCUGGAUCAGCGAGUAUAAGAGGUACGAGGAGGAGACCAAGGUGCAGGGAAGCAAAUAUCGGUGAGGGCCGUCCGU